AUACUCGUACCUGAAUGCAAUAUUGGAAGUUUUUGUGGAGCCCGAACCAUAUCUUUUUCCAUUUUUUUUUCUGUAUAGGUUGCAAUCCGAUAUUCAUUGCGAACAUUGAAAAUCUAUAGUAUAUGUGACACAAAUGAUCAAUUCCAGCAAGCAAUUCCACCACGAAAACAAGCACCGUGUGCCGCCGGCUUUAUCUACAAAAAUUCAGCCAAAUCGAUGAUAUUUACACCUCGUGCAGUUCUCUUGUUAGUGUAUCCGCACUUUUUGCCGAAUUCACUAUUCAUUGUUCGUUCGUCGUUUAUUCGUUAAGUGUAUACAAAUUUUUAGAAAUUAUUAUGAGUGAUAAAAAACGUUUUUAUAAGAAAAAAUGGAAAUCGAAAAAAACCUCCAAAAAUGACAGUGAGCCAUGUCGAAACGAAACAAAUCUUAGCUCUGAUGAUCUUGAUAUCGGUAGGAAUGUGGAUAUUCCGUAUUAUGGAUGGAGAUUAUUUUUUCCUGACAAAGAGUACAAAAUUCAUGGUGCUAUUAUAAGGCAGAUUAAAGCUAUAGAGGCUUUUAUAGAAAGACAUCAAGCCUUAUCUUCCUUACUUAUAAUGACAAAUUUAGAGGCAGGAAUGUCAUUUGAUAUUGACAUUUGCGAAUUGUACAAUGACAGUGAAUUUAUGAAACAGUGGCCAAAUUUUAAAGAUGAGAUAUAUGAGAAUCCAAUAAAUACAUUAAAUUGUAUAAAACUUGGUAUUCAUCAAAAAAUUUUGGAGACAGUACCAGAAGAAAAUUUAAAAUAUGUUUUAAGAUCUAUUAGCAGUUUACCAGCAAUUAAAUUAGGUAUAUUAAAUUAUCAGCCAAUUAUAUGUUUACGAGAUCUUAAAUUAAAUUAUUAUGGCAAAUUAGUGACCACUAAAGGAUGUGUGAUAAGAGUUAGUAGAGUAAAACAUCUUGCACAGUGGGUGAUAUUUGCUUGUUCUAAAUGCCAUUUGCAAAAAUUGGUUAAACAAUUGCAAGAAAUAUAUACAUUGCCAAAAAAGUGUGAUGUCUGUGGUACAUCAAAAUUUUAUCCAGUUUUAGAUUCUCCUUGCGUGAAAAGCGUUUUGUUCCAAAUAAUUAGGAUACAGGAGCCAUUGAAUGAUGAACAGGAGAAUAAAGGUAGAGUGCCUAAAAUACUCGAUGUAGAACUCAUGAGUGAUUUAGUUAAUAUUUGUAUGCCCGGAGAUGACAUAACGCUUACAGGCAUUAUCAAGGUACAAGGUAUUGAUGAUGGUGCAACAAAACCAAAAGUUGGGUCUCCUUUCUCUUUAUAUAUGAAAGCGAUAACUGUGAUUAAUAAUAAACAUAGAUAUAAAAAUAAUAAAAGCUCUAUGAAUAACAAAAUUUCAUUAAAUAAUUAUUUAGCAAUACAGGAUAUAUAUAAAGAACCAAAUCUUUUCGCAUUGUUAGUGCAUUCGUUAUGUCCUAACAUAUAUGGUCAUGAAAUGGUCAAAGCUGGAUUAUUGUUAAGCUUGUUCAGUGGCAAUGCAAAACGUACACAGUUACGAGAUGACAUACAUAUUUUAUUAGUUGGAGAUCCUGGUCUUGGCAAGUCACAGAUGUUACAAGCAUGCGCUCGGAUAUCUGCGAAAGCUGUGUACAUCUGCGGCACUUCGAGUACAUCUUCUGGAUUAACAGUGACACUCAUGAAGGAAACAGGUUCCAACGACUUUACUUUAGAACCUGGUGCUUUAGUUUUAGCAGAUCAAGGUUGUUGCUGUAUUGAUGAAUUUGAUAAAAUGUGUUCUCAGCAUCAGGCAUUAUUAGAAUCGAUGGAGCAACAAAGCGUCACCGUUGCAAAGUCCGGCGUGAUAUGUUCACUGCCUGCGCGUACGUCGAUUCUCGCAGCGGCUAAUCCUAUAAAUGGGCAAUACGACAAGAGCAAAUCCGUAAUUGAAAACUUGAAUAUUAGUCAACCUCUUCUUUCACGAUUUGAUCUGAUCUUUUUGCUACUAGAUAAGCCAAACAAACAUUUUGAUAGUCUGUUAUGCAAACACAUAAUGACUGUUCACACUAGUGCUCAAGGAAGUUCACAUGGAGAAUCUAUGGAAUUAUCUUUUAAUGAUGAAAAUCCUUUAAAGAAAAGACUGAUGAUGCCGUUGUCCAGUGAUAUUAUACCAUCGUCCAUCCUUCGAACGUACAUUUCCUAUGCACGACAAUACGUAAAUCCAAAAUUAUCACCCGCAGCUGCAGAAAUACUGCAAAAGUACUACUUGGAACUUCGAUCUAAGCAUAAACAAUUCGGUAGCCUGCCGAUAUUCAAUAGACAGUUAGAAGCCAUGAUUCGGUUGACUGAGGCCAGAGCAAAAUUGGAAUUACGUGUCGAAGCGACCGAGUCAGACGCAUUGGACGUAGUAGAUUUAAUGCAAUAUACAAUGGCAGAGACAUUGGAGGAAGAUUUCAUGGUGUCGGGAUUAAAUUCCGACGGUAAAUUGACAAAUAGAAAAAUAAAAGCAUUUGUCAGAAUAUUAGAGAAGAAAGUGAAUAUGGAUAAAGGACGAACAUUUUCGGUAAAAGAAUUAAAUGCACUUGUAGCGGCCGGAGGUAUCUCGACAAGCGAUUUUAGCACUUUAAUUUCCAAGCUGAACGAAGAAGAAAAGAAAAAAAAGUGCGAGGAUAGACCUAGUCGAGGAAAAAUUUCCCAGUAUCGUGCGGCAUAAAAUUGGAAUGGAAAAAUGCCCUGCGACGGUAAAACUCCAAAUUGCGAGAGAAGACGUGAAUUACUGACGCAACUAAAAUGCUUGAUCAGUUCUAUGGACAGAAG